AUGCAGCGGUCCGUGCCAUUCAACAAGCCGUUUGUAGCCGGCAAAGAGCUGUAUUACAUCGCCCAGGCGGUGACCCUGGGAAAUAUCUCAGGCGAUGGGCACUACACCAAAUUGUGCUGCAAGCUGCUUGAAGAGCGAUUCGCAAUCCAUCGGGUGCUGCUCACGCCCUCUUGCACCGCAGCCCUGGAAAUGGCCGUGUUGCUGGCCGGGGUCGAGCCCGACGACGAAGUGAUUCUGCCGUCGUUUACCUUCGUGUCGACCGCCAACGCAGUUGCCCGUCUUGGCGCUAAACCUGUGUUUGUCGAUAUCCGCGAAGACACCCUGAAUCUGGACGAAUCUCGUAUCGAGUCUGCAAUCACCGAGCGGACAAAAGCAAUUGUCCCAGUGCACUACGCAGGGGUUUGUUGCGACAUGCAGCCGAUCGAGGCCAUCGCCGCACGACAUGACUUGGCCGUGAUCGAAGACGCUGCUCAAGGGGUGAAUGCGUAUUACCAGGGGCGAGCGCUCGGGUCGAUAGCACCAUUGGGUGCCUAUAGCUUCCACGCCACGAAGAACUACACCUGCGGGGAAGGUGGGGCUCUCUGUGUGAACGACCCCCAAUUGGUCGAACGGGCCGAAAUAUUGCGUGAGAAGGGAACCAAUCGCAGCAAAUUCCUGCGGGGCGAAGUCGACAAGUACACCUGGGUCGACAUUGGAAGUUCUUACGUUCCGAGCGAGAUUGCGUCAGCGUUCUUGUACGCCCAACUCGAAAUGCUGGACCCGAUCGCGGAACGUCGCAAGCAGAUCUAUGAGAGGUAUUACACUCGCCUUGAAAGACUCGCCGCAGAGGGGUGUUUGCGACUUCCGCACGUGCCGGCGGAUUGCGAAAGUAAUUAUCACAUGUUCUACGUCGUGCUCGACGAAGGUGCGACUCGCGACGCUUUGAUGCAAUUCCUGAAAGACCGGGGAGUCGGGGCUACUUUUCACUACAUCCCACUCCACACUUCGCCCAUGGGCCGGACUUAUGGCUAUCAACAGGGUGAUUUUCCCGUGACCGAGAAUCUAAGCGGCCGCCUGCUGAGGUUGCCGUUCUACUACGAAAUAACGGAAGACGAGCAGGACUACGUGGUUGCCAUGGUCCAGGAGUUCUUUCGAUCGAAUGCAUCGAACCGGAUUGCCAUGACGCCCACGACUCCCGAGAUCACCGAGAGCCCUCAGAACGUUGAUCGUUCGCAGGACGAUCCGAUGUAUUCCAUCGUGAUCCCGGUCUAUCGCUCAGCGAGCAUUCUUCCGCACCUCAUCGAACGGCUCGAUGAGUUCUUCGCGGAACACCCCAUGCGGCACGAAGUGAUCCUCGUCAACGACGGAAGCCCUGACAACAGUUGGGAAGUACUUCAGGCUUUGAAGCAAGAUCGCGACGAUAUUGUGAUCAUUGACCUUUUGCGGAACUACGGCCAGCACAGCGCUGUGUACUGUGGUAUGCAGAACGCCACGGGUGACUUUGUCAUCACGAUGGAUGACGACCUGCAAAACCCACCAGAGGAGUUGAUACACCUGAUUCGCAAGGCGGAUGAGGGCUACGAUGUGGUGUUCGGAGAGUUUCACCAAAAGAUGCACGGCACGCUGCGGAAGCUGGGCACGCGAAUUGUUGGUUGGUUGAAUGCCAAACUGUUCAACAAGCCGAAGGACCUGGUGCUUACCAACUUUCGCAUCAUCCGUCGCGAAGUGAUCGACGCCGUGUGCGCGGUGAACACCACCUUUCCGUACAUCCCGGGCUUGGUGCUGAUGUCGGCCAAGACAUUCGCCAACGUUCCGGUGGCCCAUCACGCUCGCGAAAUUGGCGACUCGAACUACACGCUGCGUACCAUUGCACGGCUCGUGUGGCGGAUCGUAUUCAACUACUCGGCGUUUCCGCUACGUUUUAUGUGCGGGCUAGGGGGCUUGAUUGCUCUGCUGAGUUUUCUUCUGGGGAUGUACUUUCUGGUCCGAGCUGCCAUCUUAGGUACCGCCACCCCCGGUUGGCCAACGCUUGUAGUUCUUUUGUCGUUUUAUCAGGGCAUGACGCUCGCCAUCCUGGCUGCGGUGGGUGAAUACGUCGUCCGCAUUGUGAACGAUGUUUCUGGCCAACGAGCGUAUCGAAUUCGCAAGAAGCUAUAA